AUGGAAAAUCCUCAUCUACUAAUACGCCGGAACGUGCAAACUGGUACGCGAGGCCUCGUUGCGACGACAGCUAUUCCUGCGGGAGAAAUUCUGGGGGAAUACUUAGGGCACCUCCAGCUUAUUGGAGCUCCUUCGAAGUUCGAGCCGGUCAAUGAAGGCUACCGUCUGCGGCUCAAGACGAAGACGUCGAGCAAUAAAUACGCCGGUAUCGAUGCUCUUUACAGCGGGGGUAAGCUGCGCCUCCUCAACCACUCAUGCAACCCCACUGCGAGAUUCCACGAGGUCCAGACCGGGAGGGAGCUGACAGUGGUGGCUGUCACGGCACGCGAUGUUUUCCCCGGUGAGGAGGUAACCGUCAGCUACGGAGACCGAUUGUGGUUUGUGUGUAAGUGA